GAGGCGGCUGAGGCGGCUGAGCGGGUCCGGCGCGGCGGGAGGCGCCAUGGAGGGCGGCGCGGGGUCCACGCGCGGGGCCGGCCGCGAGCGGAGGAAGGGCAGGGCCCCGGGCCCCGAGGAGGCGCCCCCGGUGGGAGAGCCGGCGGGAGGCGGAGGCGGCGGAGGAAAGUCCAAGAAAUUCAAUCUGAAGCGGGUGAUGGCAGACGAGCUGGAGAGAUUCACCAGCAUGAGGAUAAAGAAGGAGAAAGAAAAGCCCAGCACGGCUCAUAGGAAUUCCUCUGCUUCGUAUUCGGAUGUUUCUGGCACAGGUCAGAUGCUGCAGGAAAUCUCGGAUGAGGAUGUGCUGAUACUCUUUGAACAGAUGCUGCUGGAUAUGAAUCUAAAUGAAGAGAAACAGCAACCUCUAAGGGAGAAGGACAUCAGCAUCAAGAGAGAGAUGGUCUCCCAGUACCUGCACACUUCCAAAGCUGGAAUGAGUCAGAAGGAGAGUUCCAAGUCUUCGAUCAUGUAUAUCCAGGAGCUGAAGUCUGGCCUCCGGGAUGCACAGCUGCUCAAUUGUUUGGAGUCUCUGCGUGUCUCUCUCAACAACAAUCCUGUCAGUUGGGUGCAAAAUUUUGGCGUUGAGGGUCUGAAUUGCCUGCUGGACAUACUGAAAAGUCUUCAUGAUGAGAAAGAAGAUGUUUCCAGCCACUAUGACACCCGGAUCAAGCAUGAAGUCAUUAGAUGCUUAAAGGCUUUCAUGAACAAUAAAUUUGGAAUUAAGACCAUGCUUGAAACAGAGGAGGGUGUCCUGCUCUUGGCAAGAGCAGUAGACCCCAAAGUCCCUUCUAUGAUGAUCGACGCGAUCAAGUUGCUUUCUGCCCUCUGCAUCCUGCCUCAGCCUGAGGACAUGCACGAGCGCGUUUUGGGGGCCCUCACUGAGCGAGCAGAAAUGGAUGAAGUGGAACGAUUCAAGCCCUUGCUGGACGGUCUGAAGAGCGGCACCUCAGUGGUACUGAAGGUCGCCUGCCUGCAACUGAUCAACGCUCUGAUCAUCCCAGCAGAUGAGCUGGACUUCAGGAUGCACAUCCGCAGUGAGCUGAUGCGUUCUGGACUGCAGCAGAUCCUCAAGGAUCUGCAUUCUCAGGACAAUGAGGAGCUGAGGGUGCAGCUGUCAGUCUUUGAAGAAUACGGGGAAGAAGAUUCUGCAGAGCUCCGAGGCCGUUUGGAGGACAUUCGCAUAGAAAUGGAUGAUUUUGGUGAGAUCUUUCAGAUUCUUCUCAAUACAGUCAAGGAUUCGAAGGCAGAGCAACAUUUCCUCUCUCUCCUGCAGCACCUCCUGCUCAUCCGCAAUGACUAUGAGGCCAGGCCUCAGUAUUUUAAGCUGAUUGAAGAGUGCAUUUCCCAGAUAGUUCUGCAGAAGAAUGGGACGGAUCCAGAUUUUAAGUGCAAGCAUAUUGACCUUAACGUUGAGGGGCUGAUAGAUAACUUGAUAGACCAAAUGAAGGUGGCCAAAAGUGAAGCCAAAGCCAUCGAACUGGAGAAGAAGCUGGAGUCCGAGUUGACUGCCCGGCAUGAGCUGCAAGUUGAAAUGAAGCAGAAGGAAGCUGACUUUGAACGAAAAUUCCAAGAUCUACUGCAAGAGAAAGACGCCGUGGAAGCAGAGAAACAGCAGAUCACGUCAGAGAAGCAAAGUCUGGAAAGUGCUUCUUCUUUGCUGAAUGAUGAGAUUGCUGUACUUACAAAAGAACUUGAAGAUGCUAAGAAGAAAAUGGAGCGUAUUACCUCUUCGACUGCUGAUUUGCCACCACAACUUCCACCUGGUGGGGCAACUAUUCCUCCUUCCCCUCCCCUUCCUAGUUCAGCUGAAGUGCCACCACCUUUGCCAGGAAUGGCAGUUGUGCCGCCACCACCACCUCCGCCACCACCUCUUCCUGGUGCAGUUGGAAUGCCGCCACCACCUCCGCCUCUUCCUGGUGGGUUUGGAGUGCCACCGCCACCACCUCCACCUCCACCUCUUCCUGGUGCAGUUGGAAUACCACCGCCGCCGCCUCUUCCUGGUGGGCCUGGAGUGCCCCCGCCACCGCCGCCACUUCCUGGUGGGCCUGGAAUGCCACCACCACCACCACCUCUUCCUGGUGGGCCUGGAGUGCCGCCACCGCCUCCUCCUCUUCCUGGUGGGCCUGGAGUGCCGCCACCGCCGCCUCCUCUUCCUGGUGGGCCUGGAGUGCCGCCGCCGCCUCCUCUUCCUGGUGGGCCUGGAGUGCCACCACCACCACCACCACUUUUUGGAGGGGGUGGAGCCCCACCUCCUCCCUUGCCUCCUGGGUUUGGCACUAUGACAACUUCAGUUCCAGUUCUUCCAUUUGGAUUGGCUCCAAAGAGAAUGUAUAAGCCAGAAGUUCAGCUGCGGAGAACAAAUUGGUCCAAGAUUACAGCUCAGGAGCUCUCCCAGGACUGUUUCUGGGUCAAGGCCCAGGAGGACCGUUUUGAGAACGAUGAACUCUUUGCCAAGCUGACCCUUGCCUUCUCGGUUGCGCAGAGCAAAUGUAAGUCAAAAAAACAGCAGGAGAAUGGAGAGGAGAAGAGCCAGUCCAAGAAGAAGGCCAAAGAGCUGCGGGUGCUGGAUUCCAAGAACGCCCAGAAUCUCUCAAUUUUCUUGGGCUCCUUCCGCAUGCCCUAUGAGGAGAUCAAGAACGUCAUCUUGGAGGUGAAUGAAGCUCUGCUGACUGAGUCCAUGGUACAGAACCUCAUUAAGUUAAUGCCAGAACCAGACAAGCUGAAGAUGAUCGCUGAGCUGAAGGAGGAGUACAGUGAGCUCGCAGAGCCCGAACAGUUUGGAGUCGUGAUUAGUUCCGUUCCCCGCCUGCGGCCCCGUCUCAAUGCCAUCCUCUUCAAGCUCCAGUUUCAUGAACAGGUGGAAAACAUUAAGCCAGAGAUAGUGGCCGUGACAGCAGCCUGUGAGGAAGUGCGCAAGAGCGAGAAUUUCUCCAGCCUCCUCUCCAUCAUUCUCCUGGUGGGCAACUACAUGAAUGCGGGUUCCAUGAACGCUGGGGCUUUCGGCUUCAACAUCAGCUUCCUCUGCAAGCUCCGAGACACAAAGUCAGCUGACCAGAAGUUGACCUUGCUGCACUUCUUGGCUGAAACCUGCGAGCUGCAGUAUCCUAACGUCCUGAAGUUCCCCGAUGAACUCAUCCAUGUGGAGAAGGCGGGUCAAGUUUCUGGUGAGAAUUUGCGGAAAAAUCUGGACCUAAUGAAGAAGCAGAUUUCAGACGUGCAGCGUGAUGUAAACACCUUCCCCAGCACCACGGAGGAGAAGGAUAAAUUUGUGGAGAAGAUGACCAGCUUUGUUAAGGAGGCUCAAGAGCAGUACGAGAAGCUACGGAUGAUGCACUCGAACAUGGAGAAUCUCUAUAAAGAACUAGGCCAGUACUUCCUUUUUGAUAGCAGUAAAAUACUGAUUGAGGAGUUCUUCACUAACCUGCACAACUUCAGAAGCAUGUUCCUGCAAGCCGUCAAGGAGAACCAGAAGCGGCGUGAGACGGAGGAGAAGAUGCGGCGGGCCAAAUUGGCCAAAGAGAAGGCAGAGAAGGAACGGCAAGAGAAGCAACAGAAGAGAGAGCAGCUGAUAGACAUGAAUGCAGAAAGUGAUGAAACUGGCGUUAUGGACAGUCUGCUGGAGGCCCUGCAGUCAGGAGCAGCCUUCCGUAGAAAAAGAGGACCUCGCCAAGCGAACAGAAAAGUUGGCUGCGCUGUCACUUCACUGCUAGCCUCGGAGCUGACCAAGGAAGAUGCUCUCGGGUCAAGGGCCAGCAAGCUGCUGAAAAAGGAUGGAGAUGGAGAUGCCACCGAUGCAGACGCACCUGACGAGAUCGCCAAGGAGGCCAGCAGCCGUCAGAACUAGAGCCGCGCUGCAGGCUCAGACUAAAGCCGGAGGCACGUUUUACAAAGGAAUCGAAGCAGUGCGGCGACACUUCUGCAACCUUGACUUUGCGUGGGUGGGGGGAGGGGGAGACACCUCCUCUGAUCUUUUCCACUCCCCCUCCCCUCAGCUGUUUUGCACCAUCUUUCAGCCUGUAGUUCUUCUCUGCAUCUUGUCUCAGAUCUCCUACCUGCCCUCCACCUUUCUCAGAAUCAGAGCCCACCACCCUUCUGCACGCACAGUGCUUAGAGCUACGCUGAGAGAUACUGCUAUGUGAGCCCCCUCCCCUGCAGGCUUGGGGGAGGGAGUGAUCUUGAGAAAGGAAAGAGAGCCCCGGUGGGGAGGCUGAAUGAAGGCCAGAACCCAGCCUGGUCUACAUAUAUCUCUGUGCAAAUGCAAGUGGCCAAAGGAGAAAUGCAACAAACUGCCUUAAGCAGAAUUCUUCUCUCUCUCUGUCUCUCUCUGCCACUCUUAGCUUGAGCUGCCUGACCCAAGGGCCUCUUCUCAAGAGACUCCCCUCCAGCUGAGUUGGAGCCCUGAGUCUCCCUUCCCCCAAGCUCUGUUCCAUAAGAGGAAGCCUUGUGAGGGAGCCGAGCGGGAGUUCUGCUCCCCCAGCUCCUGUGCUUGCAGCAUCCACCUUGCCUCGCUGUCUCCUGGAUCACUGUGGUUGCGGGGCUCUGCCUGAGCGUUGCACUGGGAUGCUCCUCCCUGCUCUUUGCAUUGAGAUGGUUUUGCUGCUCUGCUGUGCUGCUAUGUUUGCCUUUUGACUUGAGCUCUUUCUGCCACUGUGCAAGUGAUGUCAUGUCAGCGGUGACCCAUACAGAAGAAAAGGCUGACUGCCAACAUGCUGUGUGGGGGGGCAGGGGCUGUGCCUACCUCUGCACGCUCUCGAGCCAAGAGGAACCAAAUGUGUGCUUCUGUACUGCUUGGCUUCACUGGGAGGGUGUCUUUCCCUCCCCAAGGGAAAUGCUGUCUGCAGUCCCAAAAGAAUAAAUCUGGGGUUUGUGCUUCACCCUGUGCCGUUUGCCCAGAACUCACCACUGGAAAAACAAUCACAUAUUUUAUGGCAAACUCGCACGUGUCGUUGCAACAGGAGGUUUGGAAGCUGCCGCGUCUGCCUCUGGAUCCGUCGGGCCAACUUGCUGCGGCUGCCUUGUGCCAUACGGACCAUCGUCUCCAAACCUCCAGGCAAUGGCAACGGAGAGGUGGAGCCUCCCAAACCAAGAGGUCACUUUGCAGAUGAAUCUAUUUUUCUAUGGGAUUUUGUUUUUAAAAGGAAAUGUUGUAAAUGUGAAAUGAAAAAAAAAACCAACCUGGAAUAUAUGCAUGAUCCUGAGAUUCUCCCCUUGCACUAGGUUGCGCCUUCCGAUAUCCCUCCCGUCCAGGAUCGUGGGGGACGCUGGCCUGUUCCUGCCCCACAGCAGAGUUUCUCCCAUGGGGAGGGGAAGCUCCCUUGCGGCAUUUCUCGACAUGUAACUACAUUCCUGUGGGCAGAAACAUGGUGCAGGUCACACGGAACCUGGGGCCUCCCCGUCAGGUGCCUGGCAGAGUCCUGGCCUUGGGGUCUGGCAGGACGGUGCGGCUUGUAAUGUGCUCUUAGCUCAGCCUGAGGCUUGUCUCGAGGGUCAGGCUGGCAUCCGCACCCUCCAGAGGAAGGGUCUGAGAAGGGCCAGCUCCCCUCUCUCUUAGGUGCUCCCCUGACUUUACUGGAAACUACUUCUUUGUCCAAGGACUUGAUUGUAGGGCGAAAGGGUUAAAAAAAAUGGGCGGUGCGCACAAACCUGGCUGCAGCCUUUUUCAUUCCUUGGCCACUUGGAUGAAUGUAAGAAUGUUGAGGUCUAGCACCAUUUGUCGGAAUUAAUAUAUAUUUGUGUGUGUGUGCGCAUGCAUGCGCACAUGUAUGCACAUGCGCGUGUUAAAAUAUUUGAAAUGUGGCAGAAAUGAACAUUCACCUGCUCAUGCUGUGACAAUCCCAGGUGAAUUUUGUGUAUGUCUGUCAAUAUUAACCAGUUUUUCUCUGGAUUUUUCAGAGAUUUUCUGGGGGUGGGGGGGUUGGGUGAUACCAGCACAUGAUUGUGAAAGUGGAUAUUCACCCAGUUUUGGAUAGUCACCAUAACAUAUCGUACAUGUAUCAAAGCCUCAAGUGUCUUGGCACAGGAUGGGUCAGGUGGGGCAAGGCAGAGCAGGCACCCCCUCCCUUGUUCUUCCAAGUGGGAAGGCCAAAGCCCAGGGGGCAAGGGCGCGUGCACGCACUGCAACUAGGUUGGCAAGCUCAAGGGGGAUUCAGAAUUGAACAGCAGCUCCCCAUGGGCUGUGUCUGCAGUGAGUUUUGGGGAAGAGGGGCUGAGGUGCUUCUAUUCGAGGAAGAAAAGUCUAAUCCAGAACUUGAGGCCUGCCUCAAGUAGUCACUCCUUGGAUCCUGCCUAGACUUUCUAGCAGUGCCACUGCAGGAACCUGGGGAAGUGUGGCCACGGGCCUUUUCUCUGACGUUACAGCGCCAACACUGGGCGGCGGGGGGGGGGGGGAUUUGCAGAGACACAUUCCAAGAGGAUGUGGCACCUUCCUUUCCUCAACACAUCCCAGGCAGGCAUCUGUGAAAGAGCAGGUCAAGGGCAGGCCACACUUCCUUCCCAGGCCUGUGCCUAAAGCAUGCCACUCUUUUUGUAUUCCAAUGUUGCCAUAACUUGUGCUGCUCAAGAACAGAACUCACAUCAUGCCAUCUUUCUGCUUAAUGUGGGAGAAGCUAGUAAGGUUGUUUGAAAAUGGGAAAUAGCACCUUCCAAAGCUCUUCAACUCCUAGGAGAGGAGGCGGGGGAAGGGGGAGCCAAAGGGUCAGCCCUGGCAAGCCCAUCGGUGCCACAAAGCAAUGCAUUCAAUGGUUGUGCUGGAAGAGAAGCGAAGGCCCAGAGUCGGGCACCCUCAGCUGGCCCCAAUGGUCACCCAUUUGUUACUCAUUCUUCACCUCAUUAUAUGUGGCAUAUUUUGGGGAGGACCCUUCCUCCCCCGCGGUCUGGCAUAGCUACCCCCUGGAGCCUCAAGGGCCAAGCUUUGUUGCCAAGUUGAAGGAUUCGGGGCUGGGAUAGUAGUAAGUUGCUUUUCAUCCAAAGGCCUAUUCACGUCCCUGGAGAAAAGAGAAAUGCUGUUUUGGGGGGGGGCUGCCCUUGGCCCCCACCCGCCUGGUUCAGGGAGGCUUGCCAUCACCAGCCAUGUCCCUACACGAAGCCUUUGCUUUCUUCUCGGGCACUGAAUUCUUUUACUGUAUUUGGGGGCAGUUUGGUGCCCUUGCAACUUUGAUUUCAAUCCAUAGGAACAAUAUUUGGCUAGCUUUUCCCAUAAUGUCACAUUUUCUGCUUAUCCUGGUUUGCCGGAUACUUGAUGCUGCUGCUCUGGGCCAAACAGAAGGUUGGUCUUGGUAUGGGGGGGGGCCCUUCCUGCAUAUGCUAGUGGGAAAGGGGAGGCGUGUGUUCGUGGCCUAGCUCAUUCUGAGAACACCUCUUCAUGGAGACGGGUGGCCGGCUUGUGCAGGCUGGCCUGGGCUGGCACCUCCUCCUCCGCUGAGAUCGCUGCUUGUGCUGCUGCAGCACGAGUUGGCGGGGGGUCUGGGGCUUUGCUUCCUGCAAGCCUUACCGCUGCCCGGUUGCUGCUGUUGCCACACACGACUAGUAGGGAGUGGCUAAGA